GGAGAGUACAUCAAAGAAAAUGGAAGGAACCCCAUCCUGUGACAACAAGAUUGUUAAGAGCUUGAGUCAAUCAAGUGAGCCCCAGAAACCAAAGGGGACCCCAAGAAUCAUGAAUCCAAAACGGCAGAGAAAAAUGUGUGAGAUGGGCUAUCUCCCAGGAGUUGAUGAAGUGAACUCUAACUCCAUUGUUCCCAAAGAGGAUGAUCUUUUUGAUUGGAAACAGAAGAGCCUCAGGAAGGAAAAGGAGUUCUUAAUCAAACUUAAACUUGCCAGAUUAAGACUCCAAGAGGAAGGCAAUCCUGUAGGAGCCAAACAGAUGAAUGAAUUGCUAGGAACUUCAAAAUCACGUGAAUAUAAGAAUGAAUAUACAAGUUUAAUAGAAGAAUUCCUUCAGCCUAGCAAAGCAAAGCGUAACUUUGUGCGCUUCUCCCAGGCUCAUCAAGGAGUUCUCAAAUAUAUUACACAAAAGAACAAGAUUGAGAAACAGAAGAAAGAGCAAGAAGAUCAGAAAGAAAAGAAGGGUAUCUACAAGACUUUAACUAAAAAGCCUUCCCGAAAAGUGGAAGAUGAGGACAAAGUUCCUGACCGAUAUGAUUCCGAUAGUGAUUCUUCUCAAGGAGCUCCUGAUUCUUCCGAGAAGGAUACAGGAACAGACAGACAGAAGAACAUGACUUACUUCGACCUUGGAGAUGAGCUCAUGAAAUACUUCAACUUAGAUGGAAUAGAUGAAGAGGAAGGUGGAGGUAUCUUCUCCUCUGGAAGCACUAAACUUAAUACCCACUUGUCAGCAGAUAGUAUCCAGAAAGUUAAUGAAUUUAUAAAGAAGUUGAAUUUUGAGAAGCUCCACAUAGAUUAUUCUCUCCAAGCCUCAGAGGCAGAAAAAGAAAUGGGAAUCACAAAUAUUGCAGCCUCCAGAAGAAGCUCUAUCAAAUAACCAACGAAGAUUCUCAGGCUUCGGCAGAGUGGAUGAGAUCAUCAAGCAAGCCAGGCUUAUUGGUAAAUAAAGAAGAAGAAAGACCUGAAAGUCCAGAAGGAGCAAUUUCUUUCUCUUUCGGCAAAAGAAGUAUUUCAAAGAAGAAGGUAACUCCAAUCAAUAGAAUCAAUCUUCAAGUAAAUGGAGGGAUGAACCCUGACCCAAGGAAAGAAAAGCUUCAGAGUUUUAGACAAUCUUUACCAAGCUUAACCUAAAAGGACCAAGAUUAAAUCUCACUUGAAAAAGUCUGACAAGAAAG